CACCGCUAUAGCACGAGAGAAAACGUGCUGUACGACUCCAGCACUGUUUACACUUAUUAAGCGAUCAGGAUCAACGUGAUCGCGACUAAUGUGAACUAUAUCGCGGUAUUUAACAAAAUCUGUCAAUAUAACAUCGACAGUAUUAUCGUCGGAAGUAAAGGAGGAGAUUGAAGCUGAUCUGUUAAAAUGCCUGCGGUCACUUUAUUUGUCAAGAGGUUACCUGCUUCAGCCACCAAUGAACAUCUGGGGGAAAUAUUUUCAGAAGUAGGACCACUGAAGAAUUCUUUUGUUGUUAAAGAAAAAGGGACUGAAAAAUGUCGUGGCAUUGGUUAUGUCACAUUCUCCAUGGAAGAUGAUGCGCAACGAGCUCUGAAAGAAGUCAAAGAGUACGACGGACAGAAGAUAGUUGUAGUCCUAGCCAAGAAAAAGCCAGAUGAUAAGAAAAGAAGGAAAACCAAAAUAAAAGAAGAUGUAUUAAUCAAUGCAGAAUCAGAAGAAAAAAAAGAAGAAAUUCCAAAGGAACCAGCAGAAAGUCAACAAAAGUUUCAAGGCAUGAGAAAGAAUAAACUGAAGGCUAGACUUAUAGUCAGAAACCUUAGCUUUAAGUGUACAGAAGAUGAUUUGAAGCAGAUCUUCUCUGAGUUCGGUGUGGUGCUCGAAGCCAAAAUUCCUUUAAAACCAGACGGGAAAAUGCGAGGUUUUGCGUUUGUGCAGUUUCAGAACAUGCCUCAGGCUGCAAAAGCUCUGGCAGCAAAGAACAUGAAGGAGAUUAAAGGCAGACAGGUAGCUGUGGACUGGGCCAUCUCAAAAGACAAGUACAUCGCCACGCAAGAAGUGUCAUCAGCUGAAUCACAAAAAGAUGUGACCGUGAAAGCUGAGGAUGCAGAGCCCAUUAAUAAACAAGGUUCAAAGAACAAGCCCACAUUACAUCAGAAGACCGCAGACUCUGAAUCAGAAGAAGAUUCUGAGGAGGACGACGAAUCAGAUGAUGGUGAUGAUGAAGAUGAACAGGACUGUGUUAAAGAAGAGGAGGAGGAGGAAAAUGAAUCUAAAGAGAUAGACAGUGAAGAUGAAGAUGAUGAUGAAGAUUCUGAGUACAGUGAUGAAGAAAGCGAUGGUCCUCCGAAAAAGAAGAUAUGUCUUCCUUCUGAUGUGAACGAGGGAAGAACCAUUUUCAUCCGAAACCUGUCCUUUGACAUAGAAGAGGAGGAUUUGGAAGAAGUUUUGCUGCAGUUUGGAGAAAUGAACUAUGUCAAAGUGGUGAUGCAUGCCAGCACUGGACACUCGAAAGGCUGUGCCUUUGCUCAGUUUAAAACUAAAGAAGCCGCAGAGAAAUGCGUUGCUGCUGCUCAGAAUGAGAAUGAGUCUGUUGGCAUAAGGCUCGAUGGCAGGAAGGUGUAUAUUGUGAGUGCUGUGAGCAGAGAUGAUGCUGGCAAAUUCAAGGACAAGAAGUUAAAAACUCACAAAGGCAUCAGGAACCUCUAUCUCUCCAGAGAGGGCUUAAUUCGUCCUGGAUCGAACGCUGCAGAAGGGGUUUCAGAAUCAGACAUGGCCAAGAGGAUAAGGUUUCAGGAGCUAAAAAGGCAAAAGUUAAAGGAUGUCAGCCUGGUUGUGUCUAAAACACGGCUGUGUGUUCAUAACCUGCCUAAAAGACUCCAGCGACCCCAAUUUCGCAAGAUCAGCCUCAAGGCCGCCGGGGAUAAAGGUGCUCACAUCACUGAGUGCCGUGUGAUGUAUGACAAGAAGCCCGUUCGAGGUCAGGUGAUGGGACAGUCUCUGGGAUACGGUUUUGUGGAGUUCAAAGAGGAGGAACACGCCCUACAAGCCCUGCGUCACCUUAACAACAACCCAGACAUAUUUGGAGCCCAAAAGAGACCCAUAGUUGAGUUUGCUCUGGAAGACACUAGAAAACUGAAGCUCAAAGCCAGACGUCUAGAAAACAGCAAGAAAAAAGCUCAAAAAGAAGAUGCUUCUUGUCAAGAAGAAGGGAAGACAAAGCACAGUCCAGGAAAGAAGCCAAAUAAUUCAAGACAAGCAGGAAUUAUGGGUAAUGUAGGCAAACAGGAGAAGGCCCAGGGAAGCAAGUACUCAGGCUUUAUGACCCAACCAGAAGUAGAGCAUGUCGAUCUGCCAGACGGCAAGAAACGACAGAAGGUUCUACCCAUGCCUUCACACAGUGGCCCAAAGAUCAGGAAACGUGAUAAAGGAAAACAGCCCGUACAACCCAAAAAAUUAAAGAAGGCACCCAGCAGGAAAGAGAGAAAUAUGUCCUCCCUUCUUGAGAAACCCAACCAGAACAUGAAACAGAAUGCCAAACCUGCAAAAAGAAAGAUCAGGAACAGAGAAGAUGAUCGCUUCGACAGUUUGGUGGAACAAUACAAAAAGAAACUUUUGGGAAACUCAAACGCUAAGACUCAAAUUAAGAAAAGCAAAUGGUUUAGCUGAGUGUGUGUUUGAGAAAGCGAAUGUCUAAAACUGUUUAAAAACUAUCAAAAGAAUUUCUUAAUAUUUGACAUUGUUUGGUUUCAGAAACACAUUUCUAUACGGAAACUAAAAUAUCUAACAGACUGUGUUGUUUUGUUAAGUACCUUUCACGAAUUACAGUUGUUAUAUUUUAUUAAGAGAGACACGUGCCAGUUGUUCUAUCAUGUUUCUUUCAACAUUGUGUCUACAAAGCACGAUGUCAUAGGCUUAUGUCAAUAUUGAAUUUGCCUGGAACUUUUUGCUAUUAUUAUUUAACCUUUCAAAAUUGCAUGGCUUUAGAAUACCAACAGGCAAAAUGUCUCUAUCAUCCAUAUACUUGUGCACAUAAGUGUGCACAUAGUUGUAAAAAUGUUGUUUUUGUAUAAAAAUGAAUGAGUAUUAAUAGUGUUUACUUUUGUAAAGUGCUUUGGAUAAAAUCAUCUUUUAAAUGUAAACAUAAUAAUUCUAAAGAAAUCUAGAAAGAUAUUAGAAUCUAAAAAUCAAAUAUACAACAAAUCAAUCAGGCUUCAUUAAACAAUGGUCAUAUAUAAUUCAUUACUUUAUGGUAGCAAAUGAGACAAAAUAUUUUCAAACACCUGUUAGUUGCAUAUCAUAAUUUGUUUUUGUCAUUUAUACAAAAAACUGCUUUUGACAUUUAAAACAAAUGUCCAGUGACACAAUUGUGGUGAAGUGUUUUGCUGAAAAAGUUUUUUUUAUUUGAUAAUUCAUACGUGAAAUUGCACAUCAAAGCUACAAUAAAUAGUAAACAUUGUUAAACAUC